GGUUGCUGUUUAUAUAACCACAGCACAAUCCCCGGGUUUUGUUUUCGUCUGAGAUUUUCGAUCAGCUGCGUUGCUUUGCUGUUUUAUAUAUCAAAGCCUGUCAACUGAGGCUGAAGUCAUGUUUCUGAAGGUUGUCGUCCCGCUCGUGGUCCUCUGCCUGGCCGUGGAGAGCUCUAGCCUUGUCGGAAUGCCGGGAGCGCCGGUGGACGCGGACCUCGCUGACCAGGGCGUUCAGGAUGCCCUGCAGUUCGCGGUGGCCCAGCACAACAGAGCCAGCAACGACAUGUAUGUCAGUAAAGUUUCGAGGGUGAUCAGUGUUCAGAAACAGGUUGUUGCUGGAAUAAAGUACAUCUUCACCGUUGACAUGGCCAGGACUUCCUGCAGAAAGGAUGGGGUCGAGGAAGAUUGUCCAAUCCACUCAGACCCAAGCCUUGCAAGUCCCCAUGAGUGCAAGCUUGCUGUCUGGAGUCAGCCUUGGAUGAAAACCAUCAAGGUUGUUGAGAAUACCUGCAAGUAGAGCUCCGAUACCAUGCAGCACCUUUUCUCCUCUCUCCAGUGGAAUCAAUAAAAUCCUAACUUUAGGAUGUUUUAACCUUAUUUUAAUGUGCUGAAUGCGCCCAAUGUCUUCAGCUUGUAGUUUGGGUUGUAGUUGGUUAAAAAUGCUUUGACUAACUCUCUCUCCUGUAGUCAUCCUAAAAAAAAUUCACUUUUUGUAUGAUUCAAAACAAAUGUACUGAAAAUAUUAAGAUUUGACAGAUUUACUAUUAAAAGGUUGUUAAAAAGA